CCGUCCGACGUGGCGCCCUCGGCCAUGCUCUUUUUCUCCCGUCCGCCUCGACCCCUCCUCUUCUUCUCUUCUCCAGUGCGAGCGAGCCGGGGCCUACGUAACGUUCGCCUCCCCUGCCCCCCUCCUCUUCCUCCUCCGCCCCACGCUCGCCCCGCCCGUCCUCAUCAGCGACAAGAGCUCGCACGGGGCCGAGGCUACCGCGAUAUUUGCGGCGGGUCGAGCCGAGCCGUCCAGUUCCAGUGGUGGCAACCGGAGAUGGCCUGUUUGGAGGAACAUCAGAUGGCAACCGACGAGGUCGCCGUCGAUCACCGCAAGGAUCCCCUCGGUACCGGCGACAUGGAUUUGUCCGGCGAGGAGCAGGUGCCCAAGGCGCGGAAGCCGUACACGAUCACCAAGCAGCGGGAGAAGUGGACGGAGGACGAGCACGGGCGCUUCCUCGAGGCCCUGCAGCUGCACGGCCGCGCCUGGCGCCGCAUCCAAGAGCACAUCGGCACCAAGACCGCCGUGCAAAUCCGGAGCCACGCGCAGAAGUUCUUCACCAAGGUGGUCAGGGAAUCGUCGGGGAGCAACACCGCCGCGGGCGCCGCGCCGGCGAUCCAGAUCCCGCCGCCGCGGCCCAAGAGGAAGCCGGCCCGCCCGUACCCGCGCAAGGUGGACGGCGCGGCCAAGAAGCACGUGCCGGCGCUCAGGCACCUGGAGAAGCCGCCCCCGCGGACGCACUCCCUGCGCGACCAGGACGACGGCUCGCCGACGUCGGUGCUGACCUCCGCGCGGACGGUGUUACGGGCGGAGGAGUUGGGCAGCGUGUUCGCCAACAGCUCCAGCGGCAGCAGGUCGCCGGUCCAGUCGGCCGCCGGUUCAGAGGAGCAUGGCAACGGCGGGGACUCGCCGGCCUCGUCCGUCGACAGAGAGGACGGCGGCGUGUCGCCAAGCGUAGCAACAGCUGAGUUGGCGACGAGAACAGCAAAUCCCAAGGUGUUCGGGGAUGCAAAGUCUGGGGUAGGAACAAAUGCUCCGGUUUUUAAAUUGUUCGGAAAGAAAGUUGUGUUGAAGGAUUCCUAUGAGCACCACCCGCAAAGCGGCAGAGACCUGAGAAUAGGUGCUUCACCUGCGAUCGUUGCAGCAGGAGGGAGCUCGUGGAAUCCAUGGCCGGGCACCGUGCAGCAGCUCAUGUGCUUCGUCCCGCAGCCCGACGGUUUCGCCGCGCAGUCCGUGGUGCCGUGGCUCGCCUACAACGGGAGCCUGCCGUGCGCGCUGUUCUACCCGCAGGCGGCGCCUCCGGCCCAGCACCAGCAGCAGCACCACCAGAGCUCAGCGCCUCGCGAUCAGAAGCGCACGCAGAGGGAAGGGUCGCUGACGGGCUCGAACACGGCCUCCAGCGCCGUGCCGUUGCCGGCGGCGUCGGCGGCGCAGAACUCGGACGCCGCGGAGUCCCACGGCCCCGGGCAAGAGAACGCCGGCGAGAGCGGCGCGGCGCCGGCGGCGGCCGGUGCCGUCCCCGUCCCGCGGCUGGCGAGGUGCGCGAGCUCGGCUUCCUUCAGCCGGAGAGGGUUCGUGCCGUACAAGCGGUGCGCGGCGGAGAGCGAGGCUCGGGCUCCGCGGCCCGUGGCGGCCGGGGAGGAGGCCGACGGCGAGCUGACGCGGCUGUGCUUGUAGCGACAGUACACGCAAACGGAAGUCUCGGUGAGACUGCUGUCUCACUGUAUCGUGACAGUCCGCAAACGGAAGUCACGACACCUAUUUUGGGUGUUUGCUAGGUUUUCUCCGGUUUCUUUUGCUGGUGGACUGAGAGAGACCAACCACGGGAGUUUUCCAGAAAUGGACCAGCAGCCCUGGGGUUUACUCCUCGGUAUAGUACGUGUAUAGGUAAAACUUGUAAUAUUCCGCGUUUUUUGUUCGCUGUGUGAUGGUGUAAUUUUGCUCCAGCUUGGGAGGUUCUGGGGUCAGUAGCUGACUGUGUAACCUGGGAUCUCAGAGAGGGGGUUGUGCGUCAUAGACUCCCACUUAUUAGUCUGACCACAUGUAAAAGUAAAAUUAGGCUUGUACCAAUCUGAAACGAAAUGUAAUGGACAGAGCACGAACAGAAAGUGCCACGCUCUGUUAGUCUGAA